ACUAGAGACUGAACAGUAGGUUGGGUACUAAAUACCUCACAUGGCUACAACAAAUGACAAACUAUGACUAAGAACUUGAAGAGACAAAAACGAAGAUCACGCCACAGGUCACAGUGAAGGGAAGCCAAGAGGAGGAACAAGAAACAGAAACUGGGCUGAUUUAUGGAAAUAUCUUGUUUCUCUUCUUUGUGAAGAAAAUCAACAGGCUAUGGAUCAACUAUUCAUCAAAGAGUCAAGAUUGAAGUCUUUUUAGAGUCACGAAUCAUGCAAGCACCUUAGAACUGUGGAUAUGAGGAGCAAACAAACUUCCUGUGAUGAUAAGGCAUACACACAAAGCAUCACCAUAUCUAAUGUGGCUUGCAAAUGCAAAUGCUUGCGUCUGAACUUGUUACACAUUGACGGUAGGAUUAAGCAACAUCUGAAUGGUAAGAAGCUUCUUAUGGCAGCCCUGUGAAAUGUAUACACUCUGGAUUUGUAUACUUUCAUAUGGAUCUUCAUGGAAUUUCAUGUUGUGGCUCUCUGACCUUUGAAAGCAGAGGACACUGACUUCUUUUAAGCCAAAUUCUAAACAUUAACGAUGACAGAGAAAAGCAAUUGCACCAAUGAUGAUUUUAAAUAUGUGUUAUACAGCUCUGUUUUCAGUAUCGUCUUUGUUCUCGGGCUUCUCUUCAACAUGGUGGCCAUGUACAUUUUUAUAUGGAGACUGAAAAUGCGCAACGAGACCACAACGUACAUGAUGAACCUCGUGGCCUCGGAUAUCCUCUUUGUCUUCACCUUGCCUUUCAGAACGUUUUACUUCAUUAACCGUGAGUGGCCUUUUGGUAAAGCUCUCUGCCAAAUCUCAGUGGCCUUGUUCUACACCAAUAUGUACGGCAGCAUCCUCUUCCUCACGUGCAUUAGCAUGGAUCGCUUCCUGGCAAUCGUUUAUCCCUUUGCAUCUAGAACACUGAGGACCAAGCGCAAUGCUAGAAUUGCCUGCUGUGUGAUCUGGGUGGUUCUGCUGUCGGGAAGCCUAACCGCAGGGUUUGUGAUGGACACCACAUCAGCUCCGAACACCACAUCAGAUCUGAACACUACAUCAGAUAAGACCAAAAUAUACUGUUUUGAAAACUACUCAAAUUCGCAGUGGAAGUCCAAGGUAUCAAAAGUUGUGGUGUGUAUGGAGACAGUGGGCUUCUUGAUUCCGCUGAUGAUCAACGUUAUCUGCUCCGUGAGGGUCCUGCAGACUUUACGAGACCCAGAGAGCAUCAGCCGUGGAGGGCAGCUGAACAAGGCCAAGAUCUUGCGUAUGAUUGUGGUGCACUUGUUUAUUUUCUGUUUUUGCUUCAUCCCGUACAAUGUCAAUCUGGUCUUCUACACUCUGGUCCGAAGUGGGGUUAUUACGAACUGCACUGUGGAGUCAGUGGUCCGGACGAUUUAUCCAAUCGCAUUCUGCAUUGCUGUGACUAACUGUUGUUUCGACCCGGUGAUCUAUUACUUCACUUCCGAGACAAUUCAGAACUCAAUUAAACGAAAGUCUUAUGCUGUCCGCAAAAACACAUCAAACAAUACAAUUGAUGAUGUUGAUAGGAGAAGCAAUUCGAUGAAUAAAAUCAUAUCUCUGAAAGCUAAAUUCAUCAUUGAAGAGUCUACAAUUUGACCAGGCAGCCAAUUUUUUAUAUACCAAUUUUAUACCAAAUUCUCAUCUGACAUAUUCAACCAUGUUAGCAAUUGGUUGGCACAGGAUAUAUUUGACUGAUAUCUAACUGAAGACUGCUGAAAAAUAUAAAGUUUGAGUAUAUUCCUGGUGCUACAAUGGAUGUGUGUUUACAACGCAAACUCUACCAUUUGCCCUAAUGGGAAACUUCACCCAAAAAUGAAAACUUUGUCAUCAUUUACUCACCCUCAAGUUGUUUCUAAAGUUGUUUCUUUCUUCUGUUGAGCACAAAAGAAGAUAUUUUAAAGAAUGUUUGUAACCAGACAGUUGACGGAAACUAUUGACUUCCAUAGCAGGAAAAAAAAUUACCAUGGAAGUCAAUGGCUACUGUCGAACUGUUUGGAACAACUUGAGGCUGAGUAAGUGAUGACAAAAUUUUCAUUUUUGGUUGAACUAUUCCUUUAAUGGAUUAUUGAUCUUGAAAUUAUAAAAGAAGUGUAUUUGACUGUGACCUAAAAAAAAAAAAAGUAUUACUGGAUUAAGUGCUGAUGUUCAAGACAGACAAUAGAUUAAAUAAAAAUACUGAACAUUAAUGGAUUAUCCGUUUUAUCAGUUUAUCAGUUUUAUCAGUAUUAUCAGUUAAUAAUGUAUAACUGCUUUAUUUUACAGCAUUCAAUAAUCCAGGUUAAUGUUAGUUUAUAAAGACAAAAUACUGUUGUUCAUUGUUAAUUCAUGUUUGUUUAAAAUACAUUGUUAAUUGAAAUGUAUAUACAGUCAAACCAAAAUGUAUUCAGAUACCUUGAACAUUUCAUUCAUUAAUACAGUUUAUUCACUAUAGUUUAAAAAAAAUUGUAAUAAAAUAUGACAAGAUCUCAGAGUUAAA